ACAAGCAAAAUCUAUAAAAGUAAAAGAAAACAGAACAAGAAGGAUAUACAUUGUGUAGGCAAAAUGGGAGUAGAUGAAAUCGGCCUUUGUACAUCACUCCCCCUUCUUUCUCUCAACCAUGUAUCUCUAUUGUGCAGAUCGGUGAGCACUUCGGUUAGGUUCUAUGAAGAUGUCUUGGGCUUCAUUCUCAUAAAGCGGCCCUCUUCUUUCAAUUUUCAUGGAGCUUGGUUGUUCAACUACGGAGUUGGGAUACACCUGCUCGAGAAUAAUUCGGUGGAUGCACAUAUCCCGAGUGUAUCGCGACCCAUUAACCCAAAGGACAACCACAUCUCAUUCCAGUGCACCGACGUCGGACUCGUUAAGAUGAGACUGCGAGAAAUGGGAAUGAAGUAUGUGACGGCAGUGGUUGAGGAAGGGGGGAUCAAGGUAGAUCAGGUGUUCUUCCAUGACCCAGAUGGAUACAUGAUUGAGAUCUGCAACUGCGACAACAUCCCCGUGGUUCCUCUCUCUUCUUGCCCACUCCGAGUGUGCAAGGCCAAGGAAAUAAGUUGCAAGAUGGCUGCCGUCAUUGGUUGCGGAGUGAUGGAGACUAAGAUGAUGGAGAGUUUGAGCACGGAGAUGAUAAACUUUUCGUUUUAAGCUGUGUGAACUGUUGUUUAUUAGAGUAGCUAAGUAGCUAUAGCAUAUUUCUGUUAACUAAUGUGUGGCUUUUGUUUUGGUCUCUCAUCAAGUUUGAGACGAAACUUGGACAUGCUUGUAUUUUGUUUAAUGAGAAGAAUAACUAUUAAAUAUAUUAUCGAACAUUAUAGGCUCUUUUCAGCUAGGGUUUGAUAGGUUCUAGAAUGAAAACUUUUUACAGUCAAGAACUCAGUCCAAUGAUCGAACAGAAUAUGGCAAUAUAUGGACAUUUUACGUCUGCUGCCACCACCGUCGCACAAAUUCUUGCAACUGCGGAGAACAUGGACAAAGAUUGGCUCUCUACGUUCGACAUCCUUGUGCUGUCCACAGGGCGAAGGUAGAACAAGACACGGAAUGAUCUGGUAGGUGUUUGGAAAAAAAACGGUUAUUACAUCAGUGCUAUGUGUACGUGUUUUCUGAAGAAAAGCUCACCGUUUGGUUGGAAGUUUUUCAAAAAACGUUUUUUCAGAUCACCUCUUGAAAUUUGGGGAGGGUAUGGUCUAAGAAAACGCCUUUUCUCUGUUUUCCUUCUUUUCUAUCAUUAGUAUGAUGUUGAAAAAUGUCUA